UCUACUACCUUUACAUUCUCUUGAACAGCGUUGGAAAAGUACCCUUACGCUAUUGUUGACUACAAGUAACAAGUAGCUCCGACGCUGCUGUGCCUGAGAAUGUCGUGGAACUUCCGUGGGAAUGUAGAACAUACUUUCGCAAUCACUCACUCCCAGGUCAAAAACAAGGGGAAUACUAAGGACUACUACUUAACAAGGCUUCCAUACAGUGAAGUUUCAUUCGAUUUCCUACUCAUCAGUCCUUCAAGGAUGGCUACCACGGAUGCAGCCUCAAUUCCGCCUUCUUUCAAAGAGCUUGGGGUUAUUGACCCACUGCUUCAAGCAUUGGAACAGAUGAGCUACAAAGUGCCUACACCAAUACAGGUCGAGACUUUGCCUCCUGCUUUCGAAGGAAGAGACAUAAUCGGAGUUGCUGCCACCGGUUCUGGUAAGACCGCAGCCUUUGCAAUACCAAUCUUGCAGAAGCUGUGGGAUACGCCCCAAGGUCUAUUUGCCUGUGUACUUGCUCCAACUCGUGAACUUGCCUAUCAGAUCUCUCAACAGUUUGAGGCCCUCGGUUCUACCAUUGGUGUAAGAUGUGCAGUGGUCGUCGGAGGUCUCGAUAUGCAAUCACAGAUGGUCGCUCUCGCGAAGAAACCACACAUCGUGAUAGCCACACCUGGACGUCUGCAGGAUAUUUUAGAGAAUAUGAAGGGGUUUAGUCUUCGUAAUAUCAAGUUCUUGGUGAGGUUGUCUUUGCUUAUCAAUCAGUGCGUAGGUAUUGAAAGAUGCUUUCAGGUGCUCGACGAAGCGGACAGGCUGCUGGAUCUGGACUUUGGACCCGUCAUUGACAAGCUUCUGAAAAUCCUUCCGACGUCACGGACAACGUACUUAUUCUCCGCGACCAUGACGACGAAGGUUGCAAAGCUACAACGAGCAAGUUUAUCGAAUCCUGUCCGUUUGCAGGUUUCUGAAAAACACCAGACUGUCUCUACAUUGUUACAAUACUACGUUUUAGUACCGCUUCCUCAGAAGGACGUAUAUUUGGUUCAUCUCGUGAACUCGCUCGCACACAGUAGCAUUAUCAUUUUCACUCGUACUGUUCAUGAUUGUCAACGACUAUCCAUAAUUCUACGUACACUAGGCUUCUCCGCCAUUCCCCUCCACGGUCAACUCAGCCAGAGCCAACGUUUAGGCUCACUCUCCAAAUUCAAAAGCGGUGACCGCAAAAUUCUCGUCGCCACCGACGUCGCGAGUCGUGGACUUGAUCUACCUUCAGUCGACAUCGUAAUAAACUACGACGUGCCUUCCAACUCUAAAGACUACAUCCAUCGCGUUGGGCGUACAGCUCGUGCCGGAAGGUCUGGAAAGUCUAUAACGAUGGUCACUCAGUAUGACGCUCUUGAAUUCAAGGGCAUCGAACGUGUUAUUGAUAUCAGGAUGGAGGCAUGGCCUACUAAUAAGGAGGAGAUUGAGUUGUUAUAUGAGAGGGUGUACGAGGCUGGUCGACAGGCUACGACGGAACUAAAAGAGCAAGCUCCGACUCGAUUUAAGAGGAAGAGGAAGAACGAAGGUAGCACCCGAGAUGAUAGGGAUCGAGAUGAUGAUGUUGUAGAGGCAGGUAUGCCUACGAGGAGUAGGAAGAAGUCACGAAGGUAGUUGGUAAUGUCAUACACUCUUCGCUGUGUCAGACGUGACUACUCCUUUGGCAGUCGUGGACAGAGAGAUUCUGCGCUUUUAAUUAAAGACCAAAUCGUGGCUUCGAGUAGCUGGUUCAGGCGGACUUGAAGAAUAAAGCUUAAAGGUGAUACUGAGAGCUGCUGCCUCAUGCUACCAUUAUAUCCAAGAAGUUUUUCUUUCUUUUUAGAAUCCAUGCUUUUUAUCUACUGAUCCAAGAGGUCAACUGUCUAGCAACCACUCUCAAUACGUGUGGUAGUAAAGCAGACAUCGGACGAUAUUAUAACGCCCUUGGAAGUGGUAUUGAUGUUAUUCAUUUGUAAACUAUUGACUUGCUUUCGCAUCCUAUGUAAGACAUCCUGAUCUAACAGCAAACAAGCAUAGCAGAUGUCCGUC